AGUCGUGGCACUGCAUAUGCGGGCACACAUAUCACACGAUCACACACCUUUCACCUCCAUUUCCUUGUAUAACCUAUUGUAUUUAUAUUUUUCUUUACCUCUCCAAAAAUUUAUUUACAUGGAUCCUUUUUAUUGACAACCUCGACUCCUUUUCUUCCUUAUUGUUUCCCCCGUGUUUACGAUCAAUUUGUGAUAUAUAUGGAGCACCAUUGAUGUACUACAUACUUACUUUGGUGACCAAUUAUUUGACAACAACGAAUACUAUUUCCUACCAUGGCAUCAAAUAACAUACCAACAAUGAUGGAAGAAAAACACUUUGGCUAUGGAGGAAACAAAAGUGAUAUCAAAGUCAAUGACAUAAACGCAACAAAGGAUUUUCUAAAUACAGAGACUGGUAAACAUAAUAAUCACAUAGAACCACCAGCAGAACAAACAGUCAAAGUAGAUGAGUCUUCCAAAUCUGAUGUAGAUACAAUUGAAGAUGUUCAUACAAAGGAAAAAUCACUGGAUACUCCAGAUAGUGAGUCAACCGCCACUAACAAAGGCUACGAUUACAGUGAGUAAAUUUUUUAGUACAUAACUUGCUACUAAUAGUGCCUAGCUGCCUUUAAAAGAAGCACUAAGACAAAUAGUAGUGUAGGGCUUCUCUAGGCAGCUAGCUACAUCUUGUGUUUAAUUAGAUCGGCCGAGUUUAGUUUUUCAUUAAUAGUUGUGACAGUAGUACGUAAGAAUGCCUCUCUUUUUUAGAAACAAGAGAAAGAUUAAAAGAAAAAAAUAUAAUGCGAGUAUAGGUUCUGGAUUGGAAUCCGAUGUUGAAGAUAAUACAAGUGAAGCGAAUUCAGUACCAGAAAAACCUCAAGGAAACAAGCCUGAUCUAAAUAUUGAUGAUGAUUUGCCAAGCACAGUCACAUUGUUGAAGACUUCGGAAGGUGGUAAAUGUUAUCUUUUGGGAACUGCUCAUUUCAGUGUUGAAAGCCAAAAUGAUGUGUCCAAGGUGAUUCAAGCUGUGCAACCGCACAUAGUCAUGGUUGAGCUUUGUUUAGAUAGAGUUCACGUUUUACAGUUAGAUGAAGAAACUAUUCUUGAGGAGGCUAAGAAUAUUAAUUUCAGUAAAAUUAGGGACACCAUUAAGGAAAAUGGCCUGUACACAGGACUCUUUCAACUUUUAAUGCUACAAAUGUCAGCUCAUUUAACCAAAGUCCUUGGUUUAGCACCUGGAGGUGAAUUUCGCAGAGCUUUUGCAGAGGCGAAAAAGAUCCCAAAUUGCAUUGUCCACAUGGGUGAUCGACCUAUUAAAAUAACGUUCUCUAGGGCUAUAAGCGCGUUAUCGUGGUGGCAAUCAAUAAAACUGUCGUGGCAUUUGUUAACGGAUAAAUCACCUAUAAGCCAGAAGGAUGUUGAGAAGUACAAAUGCCGAGACUCUUUGGAAGAACUAAUGGCGGAACUUGCAGGAGAGUUUCCUGCGUUAGAGGAAGUUUUUGUAAAAGAACGCGAUACGUACCUGACCUACUCCCUACAGCUAGCUUGUAGUAGACCACUCGUCGGGCCAGAUGGUGAGCCGAUCCCACCGAGAGUUGUUGGUGUCGUUGGUAUGGGACACACCCUAGGUAUCAUCGAAAAUUGGGGUAAAGUGAAACGGUCACAGAUAGCUCCGAUUAUGAGCAUACCACCACCUUCGCUGUCGGGCCGAAUUUUAAAAUUCACAUUCAAGGCUUCACUCGUAGGAUCAAUUAUCUACAUAGGCUAUAAAUAUAUUCCUAUGCCGACAGGUGUCAUACAAUCUCUUAAGUCAUCGGUGGCCGGACUUAUCAAGUCUCUCAAAUCAUAUUUCGGUCUGCACAGUGAGCCGUGAGAGUACACACGUAAACGGUAAGCAUGGAUGCAACAUCCCGUGCCGAUGAGUACGACCAUCCGGUAUCAGAUCUAAUCUAUGUAGUUAGCAAUAUUCCCGGUCCGGGCAGUCGAUUAGACGACUUCGAAUCGGAAUUUUCAGUCGGCUGUUCGUGCGACCAGACUUGUCGGAAUGACUGUUUGUGCAAUCGUGGCACCACGAACUACGUUGACGGACGCUUGGUUCUGGAUAAGCAGAGCUUAAUCGUCGAGUGCAACGCCAACUGCACCUGCGCGGAGAUCUGUGGCAAUCGGGUGGUUCAGCUUGGUCCAUUAAGUUGUUUAGAAAUAUCAGAAGCUAAUUGUAAUCGAAUGGGUUUCGGUCUGUUCACGACCAAGUCUAUCCGAAAGGGCCAGUUUAUCUGCGAGUAUGCCGGUGAAGUCAUUGGCAUCGAAGAGGCCAAAAAGCGUCUCGAAGAAAACAAAGCUGCGGGUCGCAUGAACUACGUGCUCGUCGUCUCGGAGCACAUUGGUGAGAAGAGGAUCACGACUUGCAUAGAUCCAGCCAAGUUUGGUAAUAUCGGGCGAUACGCGAACCACAGCUGCCAACCCAACUCUGUGCUUGUACCUGUUAGAGCAGAUAUCGUAGUACCAAAACUAUGCUUGUUCGCCAUCCGAGACAUCGAACCCAUGGAGGAAAUAACUUUCAAUUAUGCAGGGGACGCGACCGAUUCCGUCCAGAACCUCAGCGACACGCCCUGUCUAUGCGGUUCUGGUUGUUGCCUUGGGUUUUUGCCACACAGUCCCCUGUAGAGUUUUAUUUGCUCUUUGUUUUCUGUUUUAUCAAUCGGUUUAAUGUUAUUACUAGGUAGAAAAGAGACAUUUUUAUUUUGACCUAUUAACUACCUGCUUAUAUUGUAUAUUAUUUUUCCGAGUGCGCAGGUGCUACCUGCACCUCACACAACGGGAUUGAAAGAUCACAGAAUAUAAUGUAAAAACAUAUGCACAAGGUGCAAAUGAUAUGAAACUUCUGUUUUGCUUGACUGGAAUAAUUUCUACGUUUAAUAAACAACAAAGGUCGAGCAUUUGAAUGUAUGUGCCAAAUAACAUUCGGAUUUUCAAACAAAAUCCAGCAAACGGCCUGCCAUUCAAAUAAUUUAAAUUUAUUGAACUACUAUUAAUAAUAGUCUAUUAUAUCUGUCAUAUUUUUCGAAUGCUUUUAAUAAUGCACGUAAAGAAAUACGUUCACUUUUUAUGACGUUUGAAAAAUUUGACUUUCAAUCCACGUUUUUUGAUAUCAUGGAUUAUUUAUCAUGAAAAGAGCUGAAAAUGAUACAAUAUGUAUCAGAUUUCAAGACAAUUCGUAUGAUUAUAACACCUUAUUAAUCGUUAUAUCUAUUUGUAUUUAUCGAGAAAGGAAUUUUAAAUGACGAUUUGGACUCCGAGCUACACACGUGUAUUUGGCAGCCUUAAUCGGAUGAUGAGGAUUAUAUAUAACCAAAACAAAUAAGUCUGUUAUUGUUUCUAACAGAAUGUAACUGCUGUUAUCGUAAUACUGUUCGGCGAAACUGAUAGUUGAAAAACGAAAAAUU